AUGUUAUCCGGCUCACCCACAAAAUACGCCGUCGCCCUCUUCUCAGGCUUCCAAGCCCUCGACGUCUUCGGCCCCCUAGACGCCCUCAACAUCCUCUCCGCCUCCACCCCCCUAGGCCUCUACAUCCUCUCCACAACACUAUCCCCCGUAUCGACGAUCCCCGUCAAGGACCCUAUCCCCGGCUUCAUCGGCCAGUCCGUCGUCCCGACACACACGUACCAAGACGCCCCAAGCGACAUUGAAGUCCUCCUCGUGCCAGGGGGUCAAGGCACACGCGAUCCCGAGCUCACGCAGCCCGUCGUGGACUUUAUCGCAUCGUCGUUUCCGAAGCUUCGGUAUCUUCUUACUGUGUGUACGGGAAGUGCGGUUGCGGCAAGAGCUGGCGUUUUGGAUGGCAGAAAUGCGACGUCGAACAAGCUCGCCUUUGACUGGGUCAUGUCGAAUGGUCCGAAUGUCAAUUGGAUUCGUCACGCGCGAUGGGUACAGGAUGGCAACAUCUGGACCUCGUCGGGAGUAUCGGCCGGCAUUGACAUGAUAUAUGCCUUCAUUGCUGAUCAAUAUGGCCAAGAGCUUGCUGACAGUAUUGCAACAAUAUCAGAGUAUUCGAGAAGCACUGAUCCUACGAAUGACCCGUUCAGCGGGCCGGCAUGA